GAGUUCCUAAUAGACAGUGAAAAUGUUUCUAACAUCGGUGGCAAGUGUCUGUCUAUUGUUUAGUUAUGCUGUGUCGGCAAUCCCAAAGCCAGAUGAAAAUCGUGUAUUAGAUCAUGAUCCAUUGAGCCAUGUGAAACAUUACCAGAAUGAUGAGCAUAACAAACAGUACGAUCACGAAGCAUUUCUUGGUGAAGAUGCCAAGACUUUCGAUCAACUGGAAGCAGAUGAAAGCAGGAGACGCUUAGGACUCAUUGUAGAUAAAAUAGAUGGGGACAGUGACGGUUUUGUUAAUCUCUCUGAGCUGAAAGCAUGGAUUCAGUACACGCAACGGCGCUACAUCGAUGACGAUGUCAACCGACAAUGGAAGACACACAAUCCUAACAAUACUGAAAAAGUUCACUGGGAUGCAUACAGGAAGAAUGUAUACGGUUUUCUAGACGAGCUCGCUUCGCAGGAAACGAAUCAUCCGAAUGACGAACACUUUUCCUAUCGAGUCAUGAUGAAACGCGAUCGACGCCGCUGGAGCAUUGCUGAUCGAGAUGGAGAUGAUGAGUUGACGCGAAAUGAGUUUACCGAUUUCCUUCAUCCUGAAGAAAGUAUCCAUAUGCGCGAUGUUGUAGUGACCGAAACAAUCGAAGAUAUUGAUAAAGAUCAAGAUGGAAAAGUUUCAGUGGAAGAGUACAUUGGGGAUAUGUAUCGCCAAGGCGAACAGAACGAGGAAGAGCCGGAUUGGGUGACUCACGAACGGGAAACAUUCUCCAAUUUUCGAGAUAAAAAUAAGGAUGGUUUUAUGGAUGAUCAAGAAGUGAAAGAUUGGAUUACUCCAGCGGAUUUCGAUCAUGCUGAAGCGGAAGCGCGCCAUUUAAUUUAUGAGGCUGAUUCGGAUGCGGAUGAGAAACUUACUAAGGGAGAAAUUAUUGAAAAAUACGAUUUAUUUGUUGGAUCACAAGCUACUGAUUUCGGUGAAGCACUGACGCGGCAUGAUGAAUUCUAAAGCCAAAUAUUGCAAACAAAUGUUACUAAGUAUGAAAACGCCUUGAUAUAGUAAUAUUGUCUCUUUAUAAUUUUACAUGAAUUUGUGUGCAUUCAUCGUGAAUCGUUCUUAUAAGUUUUUUUUUGUAAUGACUGACAACUAUAAUAAGAUAAGAUUAAAAUGUUCCACCAUUGCCAUACAAUCAGCUAUCAAUUAUAAAUGAUACGACGAUGUAUCGCGAAAGUGUGAUAGAGUGUGUGUGCCUAAUACCAAGCCAACUAUACCCUUAUGAUUAUAAGCUAUAGAACGCAUUAUACAUAUAAAUUUAACAACUCAAUUAAUGUGUUAAUGAUAACAUUAUAAUAUAUCAUGUUAAAAAACCAAUACCGUCAAUAUACUAAAACUGGCCAUUGCUUAAAAUUUAUUUGUCAUAUGCUUUCGUUUGAAAUAUGCGAAAUGGGCUAUUCUUGAUCAAU